AUGUGGCCCUCAUGCGAUCCGCGCAAGGUUGGAAUAAUUGCCAAAUCGCUUAUGCUUCUGUUUCUCCACGACGACGUUAUUGAGUACGCAUAUUCAAAAGAGUCCGAUACUAUCUUGGAGACGGGCAUAAGUUUGGACCAGAGUUACACCAAUCGUCCAACCCCUCAUGAUCCAAAGGGUAGCAUAUUUGCUAAAUUUGUUACUGAAACACUGGCUGCCGACCCGGCAUGGGGCCCUGGCAUGCUACGGGGAAUGAUCGCCUACGCCAAGUUCACCAACAAGAACCAGCACAUGACGGAUAUCUCAUUUCCCAGUCUAUCCAGUUACAUAGAGUACAGAUGUGCUGAUGUGGCAAAUGACCUAGGCGCCAUCGAAGGUCUAGUAGUCAAACAUUGCUCUCUAACAAAUGACCUCUAUUCGUUCGACAAGGAGUGCCAAGAGCAAAAAACGGCAGGUGCUAUGCUGGUAAAUGUUGUGCAAUGCUUGAAGGAUGUCUUGGGUGUGUCGAGCCAAACUGCCAAAAUGGUAGCCAUGGGCGUCAUUUGGGAAGUUGAGAGAGAGCUAGCCAGUGAAUAUGAUGAGAAUGUCGCGCUGGGAAGAUGGUCUCCCUCUCAAACCCUCUAUGUCGAGCGGCUUAUUGAAGCGGCCAGCGGAAAUGGAUUCUACUCAGCCACUGCAGGUCGGUAUUCCAAGCAAUACAUGUUACGGAACACCGAGUCUUGUUGCGGGUCUGAGGGGUAA